AUGGCCCGAGCGUUCCGAGUCCCCCUGUACGGCGCGGCGGUUGGAGCCGGCGGCGUGGGUUACGCAAACUACAAGUUUGAAGGUGUGCGGACUGCCACGCAAGACAUGCUGUCACAAGUGACGGACACGCUGGGCUCGGCGUACGACACCACGUCGUCGGCACUGUCGAGCGCAUUCGACACCACAUCCAACACGCUGGGUGCGAUCGGUUCGACCGUGUCUGGCGGUGUCACGGGAGCAGCAAACGAGGCCCAGAGCCGAGCCGACGCUUUCCGGCAGGGGACAAAGGAGUGGUGGGAAGCGUUCACCACCCAGUUUGUCCGCGAGGAGGUGAAGGCGGACGAGGACAAGGGUGGACGCAGCAGCGAGGCUGAGAGCUCGGAGCGGACAAGAGAAGAGCGUAAUGACCGCGGUCGCCCCAACGAGGAGCCAGAGGGUCCGUCGGGCGAGGAGGCUACUGUGCUCGGCCUGAGCGCGGCUGCUGUUGUAGCCAAGGACAGCGACGAGGACAAGGCCGCGGCCGACCCCUUUAGCGGUGGCGUUGGCCAGGAGCACCAGCUCUUGCAGCUCACUCGCAAGCUCAUUGAGAUUCGCACUGUGCUUCUCAGUGUUGACCAGAGCGAUGCGCUCAAGCUGCCGUCCAUUGUCGUCAUUGGCUCGCAGAGCUCGGGCAAGAGUUCUGUUCUCGAGGCGAUUGUCGGACAAGAGUUCCUCCCCAAGGGCGACAACAUGGUCACUCGCCGUCCCAUCGAGCUCACCCUUAUCCACACUCCCGUGAAGAAGGGCAGCAACCAGCCCUCCGAGUACGGUGUCUUCCCCGACAUGCCCCACCUCGGCAAGGUCACCAACUUUUCCACUGUCCAGAAGACUCUGACCGACCUGAACCUCUCGGUGCCCGCCGAGGUGUGUGUGUCUGACCAACCGAUCCAGCUCCACAUUCACUCCCCGCACGUGCCCGACCUCACCCUCAUCGACCUGCCUGGCUACGUGCAAAUCUCGUCCCUGGACCAGCCCGAGACGCUCAAGGAGAGCAUCUCCAACCUGUGCGACAAGUACAUUCGCGAGCCCAACAUUAUCCUCGCCGUCUGUGCUGCCGAUGUCGACCUUGCCAACUCGCCUGCUCUGCGUGCGAGUCGCCGCGUCGACCCUCUGGGCACGCGCACCAUUGGUGUCGUGACCAAGAUGGACCUCGUCAGCCCGCAGGCCGGUGCGCAGAUCAUCCGUGGCGACAAGUACCCGCUGCACCUGGGCUAUGUCGGUGUGGUGUGCAAGGCGCCCAAGAGUGGCGGCAUGUUCAAGUCGCUGCGCAGUGGCGGUGACGACCGCGUGACGACCGCUGUGCUCAAGCGCGAGGAAGAGUUCUUUGGCGGCGAGAACGGCCGGUACUUUAACCAGCGCGGACGCGACGGCGACAAGCUCAUGACCGGUACCGACACUCUGCGCCGGCGGCUCAUGGACGUGCUGGAGACGAGCAUGGCCGGCAGCCUGCACGGCAUCACUAACGCUGUGCAGCUCGAGCUCGAGGAGGCCAGCUACCAGUUCAAGGUGCAGUACAACGACCGUCGCACCACGCCCGAAGCGUACGUUGCCGAGACGCUCGACGCGCUCAAGGCCCGGUUCAAAGAGUACACGUCGCAGUUUACCAAGCCUGCCGUGCGGGCCAAGCUCACGAGCAUGCUCGACGACAAGAUGAUGGACAUUCUCGAGCAGCUGUACUGGAACGACGAGCUGCGCGCCGGCGAGCUCUCCAAGCUGGCUGACGACCGCAAGAUUCCCUCUGGCGAAGACCUCGACCCGUACUGGCGGUACAAGCUCGACACUGCGUCGUCGCUGCUCACAAAGUCGGGUGUGGGGCGCGACUCGACGGGCCUGGUAGCCGACGGCCUGCGCGGCCUCAUCGACUCGAUCGCGACGGGCGAGCCAUUCACGUUCCACUCGUCCGUCUCGGAACGCAUCGUCGACUUUUCGCACGCCAUCCUGCGCGAGCGCGUCGGCCUCACGGCCGACCAAGUGGAGAACUGCAUCAAGCCGUACAAGUACGAAGUGGAGAUGGACGGGCGCGAGUGGGAGCUGGGCCGCGAGCGCGCCGACCAAAAGUUUACCGACGAGAUUGUCAUGUGCGACUCGAAGCUGGCCGAGAUCCGCGGCCGCGUGGGCGGCAGCCGCCGCCUCAACGGCCUGAUCAAGCAUGUGGCCGAGCUGGAAAAAUUCCAGCAGGAGAGGCGGCGGCGCGCGGCGGCCGCGCUACAGACGAGCGACGGCAGCGGCAGCGAUGACAAGGACGCGGCGGUCAACGACGCCGACGCGCCCGUCCUCGACGCGUACAAGUAUUCCCCUGCCCAGGUCAUCGAUGGCCACAACGCACUCCUCCUGACCAACCGGUUAGGCCUGCUCAAGCUGCGCCAGCAGGCGAUCCGGUCUCGCCGGUGCCGUUCUGGGCCAGACCAGGCCGCUUUCUGCCCCGAGACGUUCCUCGCUGUCGUUGCCGAAAAGCUCGCAUACACCAGCACGAUGUUUAUCAACAUUGAACUCCUGGAGCAGUUCUUCUACCAGUUCCCGCGUGAGAUUGACUCGCGUAUCCUGUACGACCUGGACCGCGACGAGAUCAAGAAGUUUGCGCUGGAGAACCCGCGCGUCCGGACGCACCUGGAGCUCCAGGACCGCAAGGACAAGCUCGAGCAGGUGUUACGCUCGCUCCAGUCGCUGGUCAACCUCCAGGCCGACUCGCCGCGGCACGGCGCAGAUGGCCGGAAGCGCGAUGGCGGCCUCUUCUCCAAGUUCAUGUAG